AUGGAGAUGCCUCACAGAUCAUUCAGCUAUUACAGUACAAAUACGGUCCUUUUCAAGUUCUUGAAUCCCAACAUAGAAAUGGAUUCUCAAGAGCCUCCAAUAUAUCCAAGGCUAAUUGUAAACCGGGCAGCAAGCAAGGAUGAAUGGGAAAACAAAAACCGCAGGGCCUUACACGCCAUUCAACUCUCGUGUGGGAAGGCACUGGGCCAAAUCAGAAACUUCAAAACAGCCAAAGAGGAAUGGAAACACUUGAAGACAUCCUUCAGCAAAGACAUGAAAGCGCACCACGUUUCGGGACAAACGUGCUUGUUAGACCCAUGCACAAGGCCUCUCCAAAUUUACUUGAAGAAAGGCUUCUUGGAAGAGGCGAAACUGAACAUCAACGUCGCCCCUCGUGAUAUCUUCUCCAAGUCUCGAGAAGACGGAAGGACCGCUCUUCACGUCGCGGUGGCGAGGACGGGGAAGCGACGGUUGCUGAGAAUGCGAGACAAGAAGGGCUACACAGCGCUCGCUCUAGCGGCAAAAUUAACAGACAAUAAGGAGAUGGCGGAGUGGAAGAGCAGCCAAAGCAGAAGAAGGAAUUAA